CCUUUUCUUUCAAUUAUAUAAUCCCCCAAUCACUUUCAAAUCCCAUUUCCAGUUCUAUGCUCGGUCAAAGCUCUCACUCUCGUUUUGUGUCCGAGUCUGAAAGCCCAUUGAGAGAUACAGAGUAAGAGAGAGUUACGGUUGAAACUUGAGUUGAGAGGUUGAUCACACACCAUGUCUGACAUUAUCAACGUGGCUUGGAGGAAAUAUCUCCUUCAGCUUCAACUCCACCCUCUCAAAACCAAGGCAAUCACAGCCGGGGUUUUAGCCGGGUGUAGUGAUGCAGUUGCCCAAAAGAUUUCUGGGAUCAAGAAGCUUCAAUUGAAAAGAUUACUUCUUAUCAUGCUCUAUGGGUUUGCAUAUGGAGGACCUUUUGGGCACUUCCUCCACAAGUUAAUGGAUAUAAUUUUCAAGGGGAAGAAGGACAACAAAACUGUUGUGAAGAAGGUGUUACUGGAACAGUUAACCUCUUCCCCUUGGAACAACUUUUUCUUCAUGAUGUACUAUGGUUUGGUAGUCGAAGGAAGGCCGUGGGGUUUAGUGAAGAAUAAAGUUCGAAAGGACUACCCCUCUAUUCAGUUGACAGCAUGGAAGUUUUGGCCUAUAGUUGGUUGGGUGAAUUACCAAUACAUGCCUCUGCAAUUCCGCGUCAUAUUUCACAGCUUUGUCGCCUCAUGCUGGGCAAUCUUUCUGAAUCUGAAAGCAAGAUCUGUUACAAAUAAGAAGGCCUAGAACAGGGAAACCUUCUUCCUCAGUUUCUCUUUUUCUCCUUCGUCUUCCUCUAAGGAAAUGCUCCCCUUGUGUUUCCUUUCUAGAGUCCGCUUAUUUGUACCUUUAUUGAAGUUUCCACUUGGGCUCCAAUGCUAUUUAAACUUGUAUUAUUAGUAUUAUUUACAGCUAAGACAUAUGACCAGUGCAGCAUUAGGAGAUAAAGUAGCAAUAAUAAAGCUAAAUUGAAUCCCUCUCUU